AUGGAAAAACUAGAUAAAACGUGUAGUAUUUGUUUACAUGAUCGUAAACAACCUAAAAUAUUGACAUGUUUACAUGUUUAUUGUUGUCAAUGUUUACUUGAUUACGUCAACAAAUCUCUCAAAGACGGACAAUUUCCGUGUCCUUUAUGUCGUGUACAAAUUCAACUUCCUUCAGGUGGAGUCGAGGAAUUUAAGAAUUUAUCUGAAGGUGAUGACGUCAGUGGGGUUGAUGACGUAGUGGACGCUAUUACAGAAACUGAUGACCUAUCAAAUAUGAAUGACGUAGCAUCUCCAGCAGCAGAAUUAGGUCUCUGUGACGUGUGUGAAAGUCAAACUAGUGUAAAUUAUCGAUGUAAAGAUUGUAAACAGAAUAUUUGUGACUCGUGUAAAAAAAUUCACAGCAAAAUUCCUGUCACUAAAAAUCACGUGAUCAUUGAUUUUGUUGAUGGAAUUGAAGAAGAAGAAAUAUCGGAACACAGUAACCAUGGUAACCAGAGUCCUGUAGACCCGUGUCCUGUACAUACAUCUAAACUGAUUGAAAUUUAUUGUGUGGGAUGUAAAACCUGUGUUUGUUUACAAUGUUAUGUUGAUGAGAGUAAUAGAGGUGUUCACAAUGGACACCGGAUAUUGAAUUUAGACAAUAAAGAUACCCAAACCAAGUUACGAGAAAAUUUAAAAUGUUUAAAUACUAAUUUACAGGCUCAGAUCGACCGUUUACAGAAAUUUUCAGAUCACCUGACAUCUAAACUGAGUGAGAUUGAUAUUUGUAGUGAGGAGGCGUGUAACAAGGUGGAUCAACAAGUCCAGCUCAUUUCUAAAUUGGUCCAAUCUCGAGCUGAACAAAUUAAAACUCAAAUCAACAAUACUCGACACGAGGAAAGAAACAAGUUGGAAAUUUUGAGAAAAGAAAUGGAAAUGUCCAUCACUGAACUAAAAUCAGCCAUUAAAGAUUCUCUGAUUACCCUAGAAGGAGAGUCGGUUGUUAAAAUUGUAGAAAGAAAUGAGAGAAAUAGAAAUGAUGAAAUGAAAGUUAAACAGAAAGAUUUGGUCGUUCCUGAUUUACAAUUUCCGAGUUUUCUUCCUGGAAGUGACGUCAGAGAUGAGGUCGGGAGAUUGGUUGGCGAAUGUAAAAAUUUAAAACUACAAAACUUUACACUAAAAUUUAAUACAAAAACUAUUUCCCGAGGAUCUUUAGAUAGUAAAAUUGAAUUGUUUGAUUUUGUGGAUUUGGUUUGGUGUUUGUCUGCAGACUGUAAAGAUGAUGGCCGUCUUAGUAUGUAUAUGUUUUUGAUCAAAUCGAAGACAGAAAAAGAGAUGAAAGUAAAAAUUAAAUACAGUUUUACAAUUCUCAAUAAAGUCGAAAGUAAAUCUCGUUCAAAAAACUUUAAUACUGAAGAAUUUUCCACCAGAAAAGGUCAUGGAUGCGGCCGUAGCAACUUAAUUAAUAUCAAAGAAUUGAAAAAUCCUGACGAUGGAUUCGUAGACAAAGAUGGGAAUUUUUCUAUUAGACUAUCAAUUCAACAAGUGUAA